AUGAAGUACGUUACUUGUUAUUUUAUCACAGCACUUUCAAACGAGUGUGGCCAAAACGAAGUGUUUGAUUUUUGCGGGUCAUCCUGCGAACCUAGCUGCAGGGAUCCGAAUCCUCAAACGUGCACUUUUCAAUGCGUCACUGGCUGUCGAUGUAAAGAUGGUUUCUUACGAAACGAUAAAGGAAGAUGCGUUCGAAAUUGUGGCCGUGAGUUCAUCGCUCUAUUUGCUAUUUUAAGCCGCUCGGGUGGACGAUAUUAA